AUGCCCAGAUUCUCGUUGAAUCCAGCCACAGCCUAUGAAACCAAUGAGACCAGAGUCUUUCUCGAGCGCUUCGCAACCCAUCUCAAAACACGUCUCGGCAUGGAUACCUUCGAAAACGAGUGUCAUCGGUAUCUCAUCGUCCUCACUAACGACGACCAUUAUCAACAAGAGCUACAACGUCGAUUCGCCGCCAUCGAAGGAAACAUCGGUUGGGACAUGGCGGAGAAGGUAUUCCUCAGCAUCUGCCUCACCAAAGAGGAACGUUUGGAGAACAUGCGGAACAUGGCAGACAUGGGACGCAAUAUGGGCGAGACGUAUAACCGUUAUUCCGCUCGUAUCCUUCGGCAUGCACGAGUGAAUGGAAUCCAAGACGAUAACGACAUCAUCCUUCAUCAACUCGGGAGGUCGAUCCCGGGGAUGGAGUACGAUUUCCUGCUCUUUAAGCAUCAGAUAAAGAACCCAGACGCCACAGCCUUUAAAUCGAUCAAUACCCUAUGUGCACUGAUGAGCACAUUAACGGGACCUGAGGAUGCAAUCGAUCAACCUCGGGCAGUGGGACGAUCUCAGGAUCAAUUGCAACAGCAGCAGCAGUCUUUUGGGCCACGGCACAACACCUUCCCAAAUGGAGUUCGAGGAUCACGCGGAGCAUCUCGCGGAGCACUCAGAGGAACUUUCCGAGGCCGAGGACAAGGGAGAAUGAACCCCAUGGGACGCAGCAACAGUCAGCCCCCUUUUGGGCAAGCACCCGGGCAACCUCCUCGAGCAGGCAUGAAGUUCUGCCAAGGCUGCAGCUGGAAUAACUCGCACGAAACCAAGGACUGCCGAUUCUGCACAUUCUGCAGCAACAGGGGUCACACCUAUGCAGACUGCCGCACAAGAAUGCGUCAAGAACAACAGCAGAACGGUACUCAAGGCAACCAGCAAUCCUAA